AUGUCCUCGAAUAUUUUACUAACAAUAAUUUUAGGUAUGUUUUGAUCGUCACUAUACGAUACCAUUAAACUAAAGCUAACAUGAGGAAUUAUUGCACUGGGCACUGAAUAUUUUGUGAGUGACAACGCAUUUAUGGUGGGCCUCAGAAACCCACUGUUACUGAUCCUAUUGUUUUAUUGAAAAAUGUGAUUAAUUGUAUUCUACUGUAUCACUAUCGUUGGACAUAUAUACUAACAAAUUUCAAUAGACAAUAUCUCCCUUCAUUUGGCAAAACUUGAUUAUAGUUUUGAGCUUGUAAUUGUAUGUAUCUACCGUUUCGUUGAAGAAUAACAAUAGAUAAAAGAUGAUCUCCUUAGAUGACGAGUCAGAAUUUCGGGAUUCCCGUUGAUGACAACCUUUUUUUAAUACCAUUCAUGCAUAUCUGAUAUCUAAAUUCUUUUAACUUACAAUGAAAGUCGAAACAAUAACUAACAUGAUAGAAUCAAUGAACAUUUACGAAUUAAUCCAGGUGGGUAAUUUGGUUAAUGCUUUUGAUAAAGUACAGCAAAUCCAAUAAAAGAUGAGCUUGAAAAAAAAGACAAGCAUAUGUCUGAAUCUUUAAUGAAGAGAAACUUUUUCGUGUCUGAUAUUAUUUGUAUGCUUUAUCAAUUGUAUAAAAAUUACUCAUUCUCGUUUUAACGGAUUUUAUAAUCAGUCGAUUAUUAGUUCAUUAAAGUGUUUGAGCGAGAAAGAUUUAAACGAUAGCAUAUUGAAAGUUUAUGAUGACUUCACCACAUUUAUCACGACGGUCUACUGCGUAUUGGGACUUGUAAUUCCUUUACUUUGA